GUCAUACGACCCUGUUUUCUUGACCAGAGACUCAACGUGAGAAAUGUACUUGAUGGCUGUUUACGUUGAUAUAUUAUGAUAAUUAUUUUGUCUACAUACCCUAUUUCACUUGAUAGCUGAUAAGUAAAUAGGCAUAUUUUUUACUGUCGAGUCGGUGCCAUUUCUUUCGAGAGUUUACGCUAGAGACCAACAUAAAGUCUAUGGUGACCAGCAGUUGCAGCAGUCAGUAAGCCUACCAGUAAACGAAGUAUAGCUGACAGAAUAGUGUGCAGCUCAGAGAGGAUCACCGUAGAAACAUGACGCCUGGAUUAUGGGAAACAUCACGUUAGGAAAUAUAGAAUACGAAUGUUAUUUAACCAACGAGUGAACGUAAAGCACGGUUGGCACUUCCAUGUAGCCUCUUUUGGAAGAUUUUGCUGGUCAACGUAUUGAAAUGAUCUAUUUUCGUAAUGGCGAGGGUUCUGUUUUCACGGGCCUGGAUGAAGAAGUCCUUCUAUUUACAGGCUCGCAUCUCCUUUGUGAGAGUGAAGUACCUGUUCCUCACCUGGCUGACGGUGUUCGUGGGGAGCUGGGUGAUUUAUGUGCAAUACUCCACAUAUAAAGAGCUGUGUAGAGGACAUGAGUGCAAGAAUGCUAUUUGUGACAAAUACAAGAAGGGGAUCAUCGAUGGCUCGGCCUGCAGCAGUCUGUGUGACAAAGACACCCUGUACCUGGGCAGGUGUCUCUCCACCACACCCAACAACCAGGUGUACACAGGGGGCUGGGGGGAGCUGGACGGGGUGAUUCGCUGCCAGCUGGGGGAGGUGGUGCCCUACGAGCUAGGGGAGGAGCUAGAGCCCAGGAGGGAGGCGCCGGUCUUUGACACGCCCACUCGAGGCACAUCUGUGGAGAAGUUCCGCGAAAUGGUCUUCAACCACCUAAAGUCCAAACUGGGUGAACAGGCCAACCUGGCCAGUCUGGUGAGCCACAUCCUGUUGGUGGCUGACGGCAACAAGGACGGCCGCGUGUCUCUGCCGGAGGCUCGCUCGGCAUGGGCUCUCCUCCAGAUGGACGAGGUGCUGCUGGGCCUGCUGCUGCAGGAGCGAGGCCACACCCCGCGGCUGCUGGGCUUCUGCGGGGACCUGUACAUGACCGAGAGGGUCCCCUACGGCCCCCUGUACGGCCUGGCCCUGCCCUGGCCCCUGGAGGCCUGGGUGCCGGCCGGGGCCCGCCGCAGCAUGGACCAGUGGGGCACGCCCUCCUGGCCCCGCAAGGCCAAGAUCUCCAUGGGCCUGCUGGAGCUGGUGGAGGACGUCUUCCACGGGACCUACGGCAGCUUCCUCAUGUGCGACCUCAGCGCCGCCCACUUCGGCUACACCGACCACUACGAACUCCGCCUGACUGACCCGAGGGCCGUCAUGCCCGAGGACGUGUUCAGAAGGUCGAUGCGAGCCCUGCGCUGCGAGGCGGACUCCGACUGCCUGUUGGGGGCGGACUGCCGGUCGUCGUGUGACAUGGCGGAGCGGCGCUGCAGGGAAGAACCCCUGCAGCCCAACCUGGCCAAGGCGUGCAGGGCUCUGACGGACUACCUCCUGCGGGGGGCGCCCUCCGACCUGAGGGAGGAGCUGGAGAGGCAGCUGGACGUCUGCAUGGCGCUCCAAGGCUCGGCCAGCCAGAUGAACAUGGAGCACUCGCUCAUACUGAACAACCUCAAGGCCUUGCUGUGGAAACAGAUCUCCCACACCAAGGACUCAUGAUGGUGAGAGCUGGGACUGACACUGUGGCAUAGGAAAGAGUAGAUACUAACCUCACUUUGACAAAGUGAUUCAUAUAAACUAACCACUAUGGGAUUCUUCAUAGAAACUCAGUGUUAUUUUUUCCUUAGUUUUACAAGAAAAUGUAAUAUAUUGUUAUGCGAUUCAUUUUCAGGAUGCUGGAAGAAAGAUAUAUAUUUCACGCAUUGGAUUGACUCCUCAAUCCUGUGUAGUCGUAUAAACAUCUUAAUUGUACAUUACAUGACUUCACGUAAUCUGAUCUCAGUAUUAAGUUUUUUUUGUUUGUUUUUUACCGCUGGACAUUUUCCUUUUCACUUAGUAACACACUGUGCUGCAUUUAAAAAAGAGUUCAUUUGGUUCCCAUGCACAUUUUCCACAAGGGACAUUUGUAAUUUUCCACUGAUACUUCGUAGCAUUAAACUCAUACUGAAUGGUGCCAUAAGAGAUCAUGCUGAAAUGUAGACCUUAUAGAAACUUUUGUAUUAAUGUUUAUCACUUUUGAAGGUACUGCUUGCCGUUUUUAUUUGACAUCUUUACCGUUACGUCCUUUCGAGCGCUACAUCUGGAGUAUGAAGUGUGAAUUCUGAAGGAACUGAAUGUAAAGGCUGCUGUUGAGGCUUGAAUUGCAAUCUUGAUACAUUGUUUACCUUGAAGUUUGAACCAGCAUGAUUUGCACAAUAAAAACACCUACCACUCACCAGUGAUCACUCAGAGCUUGCCUGUUCUGUGAACCUUUGAUAUUGAGAAACUUUUUUAGUCUUUAUAAUAGUUUUACUAUUGGCAUGCGUUUAUCCUAAUAGUUCAGGUCUUACAUGUUAAUAUAUAUUGUUUACCAUUUUUAGU